GGAAGAGCCCAAGUGGGAAGAAGUUCCGAAGCAAGCCUCAACUGGCCCGUUACCUGGGGAGCUCCAUGGACUUGAGCUCUUUUGACUUUCGCACAGGCAAAAUGCUGAUGAGUAAGAUGAAUAAGAACAGACAGAGGAUGCGCUAUGACUGUUCUAACCAAGCCAAAGGUAAACCUGACUUAAACACUGCACUCCCGGUCAGACAGACAGCCUCAAUUUUCAAGCAGCCUGUCACUAAGAUCACAAACCAUCCUAGCAACAAAGUGAAGAGUGAUCCUCAGAAAGCUGUGGACCAGCCCCGCCAGCUCUUCUGGGAGAAGAAACUAAGCGGACUGAAUGCCUUUGACAUUGCAGAAGAACUGGUGAAAACAAUGGACCUUCCAAAGGGUUUACAAGGGGUUGGACCUGGUUGCACAGAUGAAACCCUUCUGUCUGCGAUAGCCAGUGCCCUGCACACUAGCACUAUGCCCAUCACUGGACAGCUCUCUGCAGCUGUGGAGAAGAACCCUGGAGUUUGGCUAAAUACCUCACAGCCACUCUGCAAAGCAUUUAUGGUGACGGAUGAAGACAUUAGGAAGCAGGAGGAGCUUGUACAGCAGGUGCGGAAGAGGCUCGAAGAGGCACUGAUGGCUGACAUGCUUGCCCACGUGGAGGAAAUAGCAAGGGAUGGUGAUGCUCCUUCAGAGAAGGACGGGGGUGAUGAAGAAGGGGAGGAAGAGGAGGAGGAACAAGAUCAUGACCAGGAGAUGGAGAAUGUAUAGUCCAGGGAGUUCCGUCUAAGAAUCCCUUGUCUAAAACCCUAUCAGCAGGGUCAGCACAACUAUUUACAAACCCAAGAGUGUCUACAGACUAAAUUGCACCAACCAUCCAACUGUACCUUUGAGCAUGUUCAAAACCACUUCAGGAAAAAGUUGAGAAGCUGAUUGCUCAUUAAUUGCUGGGUAUUUUUGAAGAUGAACUUGACUAAACUAUAUUUCUCCUUCCUUUUCUAAAGGGUCAGGGGAAUACAAAAGUGUGAAGGGAAAUAAAGGAAUGCAAAAAAGGGGGGGAAACCUAAAACUUGAAACCAAAUUCCCUUUUAUUCAUGGGUCAAUAAUAUAAAGGAGUCAAAUUUUUCCAGACUCUUCUAUCAUUGUACCUUUUAACAGUGACCUAGAGAAACCAUUUUUCUCACCCUAACACACAAGGGGAGGGCAAGAGAGAUGCUCUUUCACUCUGUAGCCACUAUGCUACAGGCUACCCGUUCGUACCAGACUGUAUGUUGUAGAUUCUCAUUCUGUAUGUGAAUUCAGGACACUAGAUUUCGUUUUCCUCUCAAAAUUAGAAUGGACUUAAUGAGUAGUCUUUAGAGAUGAAAAGCUGGUACCUCUUCCAAUUCAGCCUGUAAUGAGUUUGGAAAGUUACACUCUAUGAAUCAGUUUUGUAUCAGAGACACCCUGUUUCUAUACCUAGUUCCAACACUGCAUUGGUUGCCAAUACUUGGCAUGGAAGCCUGUGUGUCCAGACAUAGCUCAUUAGGUGUUUCAGAACUAAGUAUAUCGAUGGCUGUAGUGACUUGGUGCAAGUCUGGUUGGAGACACCUUUUCAGCUAAAACAGAAAGUACAGUAGGACUUAUUUCUGGACAACGAUGAGGAAAAUUUCCUCCUCUCUUUUCAGGUGCCAAGUAUCCCAGUCUCUGUUUUAGUAUAUGUGGAGUGAAGGAAGUCCAGUCCCAUAGACUUUUCUGUACAGCUGCACAUGAAUGCAGUAAUAUUCCGACCUCUCUUAAAAACAAGAGAGGCAAAAGUUUUUGACUUUUCUAUAAUAUCUAAUGAUGAAUCUAAUGCUUUUUAUUGACUCUUUCUUACUUGCAUGUGCAGUGGAGUAACCAGCAUUCUUUGUCCAACAGUGAAAUGAUGUGAAACUUGCCUUAAUGUGUUCAUAAGUAUUUGGCUUCACCAUGGGUACCUUGAAUUAUUCCUCAAUCUCUUCUUGUGCAUCUUUAAGCAGAUAGAGAGGGAAACUAGUGACGGAUGAAAAUGAAUCAUCUAGGAGGGAUGGACUGAGGAGAUGGGGAAGAUCUGAGUUUAUAGAUUGAAGAAAAUAUCCAUUUGGAUACAAAUUCUUUUUGUCUUUGGAUAUCCAUGAAUAAUUUGUGCUUGCAAGUGUCCAUUGACACUGAGAGUAUAGUAUAAAAGUUGGAUUCAAAUACUGCACUUCUGUCAGUUGUAUGAAUUUCUGGUCUCUCUCAGUUUAGGACAGAAGUAGUCCUAGAGUCUCUAUCAUAGAGGAAUGUUUAGCAAUAACAGUGAGGGCCCAGGGGCAUUUCCUGGAAAGUAAUUACCACCUUUGGCGGUAGUUCUAUUCAAGCCACUAUGUUAUCUGAGAAAUGUCCCAUGUCAAAGAGACUAAUGCUAUAUUAAUCCUUUCCUUUAAAAAAAAUUCCACGGGAUUGUUCAUCAUUUAGAGUACUACAAGAAGGCUGGAUUUGUAUCUUACUGCUGCUGUUGCAGGCAUUGCUUUGGCAGUGGUACAGCUGCCAGUUAGAAUUAUUUUCAUUUUUGAAGUCUUGUUACAGUUUUUAUUGUGUAAACCUGUCCUCUGUAAUUCAUUGUGUUCAAUUAAAUGUUUCUUUCAGAAAGUAGAA